CUUUUCCUUUCCUUUUUCAUUUUCAUUUUUUCUUUUUAUAUACAUAUUAUUUAUUUCUAUUUAUUUAAUUUUCUUUAAUAAUGUCUUUUUUUAAUAAAAUUAUUGAUAAAGCUAAACAACAUAAUACAAUAGCACAAAAUGAACAAAAUAAUAGAGGAUUAUUUGAUUUACAUACACCACAACCACAGUCUAUUCCAAAGCAUUAUGCAACAAAUGGUUAUGUGACACCAAGACAAUCACAAGAAAAUAUGGAAAUUGACAUUUCUUCUCAAGAAGUAGUAGCUCAACAACAGCAGCAACCACAACCACAACAACAACAACAACAACAACCACAACAACAACCACAACAACAGCAACAGCAACAGCAACAGCAACAGCAACAGCAACAGCAACAACAGCAGCAGCAACAGCAGCAACAGCAGCAGCAACAAGCUUACUUACGAAAUAAAUAUCAAAAUUAUGAUCAAGUCAUUAUGGAACAACGUAAAAAUAGACCAAAGCUUAAAUUGGAUGAUUUUCAUUUGUUACGUACAUUGGGUACGGGUUCAUUUGGUAGAGUCCACCUAUCACAAUCAAGACAUAAUGGUCGAUAUUAUGCUAUCAAAGUACUUAAAAAAUCAGAAGUCGUUAGAUUAAAGCAAGUUGAACAUACAAAUAACGAAAAACAUAUUUUGGAGUCAGUCGCUAAUCCCUUCUUGGUUAAUUUAUGGGGUACAUUUCAAGAUGAUUCUAAUCUUUACAUGGUCAUGGAUUAUGUACCAGGAGGUGAAUUAUUUAGUGUCUUACGAAAAAGCAAGCGUUUUCCUGAUCAUGUUGCUAAAUUUUAUGCUGCUGAGGUCACUUUAGCUAUCGAAUACCUUCAUAAAAAGGAAUUCGUUUAUCGUGAUUUAAAACCAGAAAAUUUAUUAUUGGAUGCAAAUGGACAUAUCAAAAUUACAGAUUUUGGCUUUGCAAAAUAUGUACCGGAUAUUACAUGGACGUUAUGUGGUACACCUGAUUAUUUAGCACCUGAAGUGAUUCAAUCAAAAGGCUAUGGUAAAGCAGUUGAUUGGUGGUCCUUGGGAAUCUUAAUAUUUGAAAUGUUAGCAGGAUAUCCACCAUUUUAUGACGACGAUCAUUUAAAACUAUAUGAGAAGAUUCUGCAAGGUAGAAUUCGAUGGCCAUCUUAUUUUGAUCCUAAUGCCAAAGAUUUAUUAAAGCAUCUAUUGACUUCCGAUUUAUCGCGUCGUUAUGGUAAUCUUAAAAAUGGUGCUGAUGAUAUUAAAAUCAUCCUUGGUUUCAUACUGGCUCCUUAUAUUCCUCAAAUCCGUGGGGAUGGCGAUGCUAGUCAUUUUGAUAGAUAUCCAGAAACAAAUGAACAAUAUGGUUUACCUGCUGAAGAUCCAUAUAAGGAAAAGUUUCCUGAUUUUUAGUCAUCAAUAAUAAUAAACUUUUGACAGCACAUGAAAAAUAGAUUAGAGAAAAAUAUUUUUUUUUUGCAUGCAUAAAAUUUCCUUAUUGAAGGUAUAUAAAUUGUAAUAGGAAAAUAUGUAUACAUAUGCAUAUACAUUUGCUGUUAAAAAAAAAAAAGAAAAAAGAAAAAAGAAAAAGAAAAAAAAA